GAAUUCGUCUCAGAUCUGAAAAGGAAUGCUUUAAAAGUAGCCCUCUGAUAAUAUAUCAAAAAAGUCACGUAAAAUUCUCUGCAAAAUUGUCAAAAUUCUUUUAAAACAUAAAAUUGAAACUAUGUCCCGUCGCUCAAGUUCUGGCGUGAAUGAUGGCAAUGCUGGCACAGACUUUUUUCACCGCCAGAGCAUGACCUAUUUGGAUACGAUUAUAGAGAAGCUUGUGUCGGAUGGGGGGAAUCCGCGGGCCAGCGAGCUAACCGAGAAUGAGCUGACAGACAUAUCCAUGUCGGCCAGAGCGCUGUUCCUCUCGCAACCCAUGCUGCUGGAGCUGAGUGCGCCGGUGAAGAUCUGCGGCGACAUACACGGCCAGUACAAGGAUCUGGUGAGGAUAUUCAAGAAGUGUGGCUUCCCGCCGAGCUCGAACUACCUGUUCCUCGGAGACUACGUGGACCGGGGCCAGAACUCGAUCGAAACACUCACCCUGCUGCUGGCCUACAAGCUGCGCUAUCCGCAGAACUUCUUUCUGCUGCGAGGCAACCACGAGUCGGCCGAGCUGAACCAGAUCUACGGCUUCUUCGACGAGUGCAAGAGGCGAUACAGCAUCAAGUUGUGGCGUUCCUUUGUCGACUGCUACACGUGCAUGCCGGUGGCCGCCAUUGUGUCGGACAGGAUCUUCUGCGUACACGGGGGCCUCAGUCCGGAGCUGAAUGCACUCGAGGAUAUCCGGCAGCUGAAACGACCCACCGAUGUGCCUGACGCCGGUCUGCUCUGCGACCUGCUGUGGGCCGAUCCGGACCCCAACACCGACGGUUGGGGCUGGAACGAGCGCGGCGUUAGCGUCACCUUCGGCCACCUGAUUGUGGAGCGCUUCCUGCGGCAGCACAACUUCAACCUGAUCGCCCGAGCCCAUCAAGUCGUAGCGGAUGGCUAUGAGUUCUUUGCUAAUCGCCAGCUGGUCACCAUCUUCUCGGCCCCCAACUACUGCAACAUCUUCGACAACUGCGCUGCCGUUCUGGUUGUGGACGACGCUCUGGUCUGUCACUUUACGAUCAUUAGGCCAGAAAAUCCGCUCUCUUCCCUUGUAGCGAAAGGAGAGAAUGCCGCAAACUCCCUGCCACCGCCUAUGGGGCGGGACUCCAAAAGUUGAUUUGGAUUUUUUUUUUUAUUAUGGAAAACUAUGGAAAAUAAAUGUCUGGGACAUACAUAUUUAGGGAUUUAUUUGAGAGUCGAUUUUUCAUUGGUUUCGUGCCAGCUUGUAUAUAUGUAUGUAUGUAUGCCGGAGCUAUGCCUUUUGAGCACCGUUUACGUCCUUGAUUUUCCUCGACCUCGAAACCAAUUUAAUUACCUCCAAUUAUGGUUCAAUCGAAGGAGGGUCAGGUCAGCCAGGAAGCAUUCUCCAGCAAUGAAAUAAGUAAUAAAUCCUAAUUAAAAUUUAA